AUGUCUCUGGAUUAUAAAUACCUGGGGGAUAUGUCGAAUAUUGUUGUUGAAGCGGAUGCUAGUGGAAGCCAUAUAGGAAUUAGAGAUUGCGACCCAGUUGGGGUCAGUGUGAUCAAAAGAGGUCGAUUGAUAGGGGUCUUUACCGGCCUUAAGCCGCCUGUUCACUUGAUCAUGCCCUAUGAUUGGGUUAAAGAUAAAGGGCUUUCCUGCCUUCAUCAGGGGCUUGUUCGAGUUGCAUUUUCAUAA